AUGCAGGUCGUUCAGGACCCAAGGAUACACGGUGGCUCCCAAAGAAACGGUCUCAAACUGAAGAAGCCGAUUGCCGCUCGCACCGGAGACGCAGUGUCCGACGACAGCGAUGGCGACGAUGAAGCAGACAGUAGUGCUAAUGAAGAAGAAGAGGCUGACGCAGAAGAGCCAGAUGUCUCUGCCCUGUCUGGCAGUGUUCCGGCCUGCCGGACAGGGCAUGUCUCGAAUAAGCUUCGCGUGUUUGAGAGCAAUACGCAGACGAAUGGAGGCGCAGAACAUGAGGGGUCAAAUGCGAGCGAGGAAGACGAUUACGGCGCAAUCGACCAGAUUAGCGAUAGCGAAGUUGAAAACGAAGAUGUUGAUGAAAAAGACGUCUUGCGAACGGCGGAACGUGAACUUAUUGCAGAAUUCGAGAGCAGCGAGAAGCCUCGUGUAACCAAGGCAGUCACGAACGAGCUGAGCAGGAUGUCUGUUGUCGAGGAGGAAUCUCUAGCAAGGCGGCUCAGCUUGCAAAGCGAGAACAGUAUGGAUGAUGAAGGCGAAUAUGGAGAUCUGGACUUUGAACAGGAUCCUUUCGGUGGCCUUCCAUCACAUGAUCAGCAAUAUCAGGACUUAAUUGAAGAUGCUGAAGGCUACUUCGAUAUCGACCUUGCGAACGACCUUGCGUCAUGGCGCAUCCCCGAAGUUAACAGCGAGACCCUCGCCGCAUCCGUCAACCAGAAGAAAGUCCGCUUCGAGGAGACGAYGUUCACUCGCUCUCGGACGUCCAGCCUGAGCAGUGAAGAGGAGGAUCCUCGAGACUCAUUCCCAGACCUUUUGAACGGAAGCUCGAGCGAGCAUAUGUCAAGAUCGCAGAUGCUCCUCGGACAAAUGGAUGACCAUGCAAUGCAGGUAGACAAUGAGUCGGUGUAUGACUUCGAUUUUGAAGACCCGUACGAGAAGGCCGCCUUUGAGAUCGACGAACAAAGUGACUCGGAUAGUGAGUCGACUGAUGAUUCUGACGAUGGUGAUACUACCGAUGAGGAGACUGCCGAUGAGCACAUUGCCCGCGUGCAAGCCAUUCAGAACGCCCGUAAGGAGACCGCCAGCACUAUAGCCAGCGGACCAAGCACGCCUGCGCCUCCGGCAUCUGGGAAGAAGAAUCGCACCCCGAGCAGUUCCCGACUCUCCGGUGCAAAAUCCGAGAAGAGACCCAAAUCUGGUACCUUCAUCCAUGAUCCGGCCGUGGCCUCUGUUUCUGCGGAUGUCAAGGGCGCCGGUGUGAAAUUGGUUUGCCCCACGAACCCGCCGGAGAGUGAACGCGCGUAUUGGGCGCGUGCGCGUCAAGCUAUGGGAAGUCGUGACGGUAGCCCCGGCGCCUCUGUUUCUUGGACGCGAUCGACUCCACGCACCGCAGCUCCACCGCGUGUUCUCACUGCCAAGUCCACUUUGGGCACAAUGUUUGACGGCAAUCUUGACUUCCUCCGCAGCAAUGACGAGUGUGGCAUCGCGAAAGAACUUCUCACGCCUUCCGCAAACGUUCACGUCCAGUCUUCGUUUGUAUCGAUGGCACCAACUGACGACGAGCUCACUGAUGCCGAAAGCUCCAUCAACUUGGACGACUUCGUACAGAUGAGUGACUCGGACUUGGAGAUGGAUGUGGAGGAGGAGAAUGGAACGCUCUCACGGCCUUCCACGGGCAUCAUGUCGCCCGGCCAGGAUGCUUCCCAAGAUGUUUUCAGCGCCUUCACCAGCGACUCGUCACCGAUGCCACGCGCAGAUAACGCCCAUCUACUGGAUCAUUUUGACCAGCAGCCUGGUCUUGUGUCCUCCUUCCGAAACAACCAGCACCUUGCUCGCGCCGUCAGCUCUCUAGGGGCCAACCCUGCAAAGCGCGCACAGAACGCAGAAGCCAAUGCACUACAGAAGGGUCGACGCAGCGCAGCAAAUACACCAAUGACUCCUGCACGCAAGAGCCGCGCGAAUCCGGAUCUGAAUUUCGCAAAUGCCGGCGUAAGAAAGAACGUUGCCAGCCCACUGGCUCAAAAGCAUCGUCGUAGUCGGAACAACUCCCUGUCCCAGACACUCGCUCAGGGCACUUUCACUGCUUCGGGGCACGUACAGACUUGA